CAGAGUCAGUGUGUUCCAGGUCCGUAGACUGUGCAUACACAGGGUCAGGUCACCGAGCGUACAAACAGCUCCGCUGCCGGGGCAUGCCCCGCCAUGUUCGACUUAGACAGCGGCUGGAACCUGUCUUUUGCGGGCUGCGGCUUCCUGGGAAUUUACCACAUCGGAGUGGCCAGUUGCUUGCUGGAGAAAGCACCCUACCUCAUAGAAGGGGCGACCAAACUGUACGGAGCGUCUGCCGGCGCUCUCACCGCCUCGGUGCUCGCCAGCCAGGCAUCCAUAACUAAAUGCUGUCAAGAUGUGAUUGAAGUAGCGAAGGAGGCCAGAAAGAGGAACCUGGGUCCCCUUCACCCAACCUUCAACCUGGUCAAGGUGAUAAAGUCAGGCCUGACUCGUGACCUACCCUCUGACGCUCAUGUCCGGGCCUCGGGGCGGCUGUGUGUUUCACUGACCAGAGUGUCUGACGGAGAAAAUGUGGUGAUAUCAGAGUUUAGCUCCAAAGAGGAACUCAUUCAGGCACUGAUUUGCAGCUGUUUCAUCCCCAUCUACUGUGGGCUGAUUCCUCCGUCUUACAGAGGAGUGCGGUAUGUGGAUGGUGGGAUCAGCGACAACCUGCCCCAGUCGGAGCUGAAAAACACCAUCACCAUCUCUCCAUUUUCUGGUGAGAGCGAUAUCUGUCCCCACGACGGCUCCACGAGCUUCCACGAGCUUCGUUUCACCAACACCAGCAUCCAAAUGAAUUUGGGCAACAUGUACCGUCUCAGCAGAGCUCUGUUUCCACCAGAACCCAAGGUUUUGGCUGAGAUGUGUCAAAGUGGUUACAAGGAUGCUCUACGAUUCCUUGAAGAGAACAACCUGCUGAUGUUAGAGCGUCCGACCCUUGGACUCACCCUGCCAGAGAGCCACUCCGAUUGCUGCUGCAAGCACACUGAAACAACCAAAGAGCGGGUGCUGCGGAGGCUCCACCUCCUGCGUAAACAACACUGGUGGUUGGAUGAGCAGAUUAUUCUGCCUACACACAUUAAGAAAGUCUUCUGCGAGGCCUGCAAAGAGAAGCCUGGUCUGUUUGCAAAGGUGUCGGAGAUGCUGCCAGUGAAAGUGGCCUCCUACAUGCUAAUGCCAUGCACACUUCCUGUACAGUCGGCCUACUCAGUGGCACAGAGGUUUGUGGAGUGGAUCCCAGAGGUGCCAUCUGAUGUGGGCUGGCUGUUUGGCGUUGCUGCUGAUGUGUACCGGCAGGCCCGGAAAGGAGAACCCGCCCGCUCCAUCAGUGAGCCAUGUCUGAGGAAAUGCUCGAGUGUUCAACCUCUACCUGCAGAGCACGACAAACCUACACAAAGAGACAAGCUGCCGGCUCUUUCCUCAUUAGACCUACAUGGCAACUACUGGGAAAUCCACGAAUCUACCUCCUCAUCCUCAUCCCCGAACGACCAGCAUCAUCCUCACAUCACCCCCACCUCUCCUAAACAAGUCUGCUUCUUUGUCAGCUCGCAGGAUGAAUCACACAACCAUGCACAGCAGUAAAAGACUCAGGGCUUUUAAUGGUUAUGUGAUGGAAUUCCCAUUCUGUGAGGAGCUGGAUAACUAAUGAUAGAUGUUGUGUGAAUGUUGUAAAGGAGACACACAUUUGUCAAAUUGUAUCUGAGCACUCCCAGAAGUACAAAGUUUAUUAUAUUUUUGUGAAAAUACAUUAAAAUUUACUCUGGAUAAUGGUUGUGUUUACCAGCCCUGAUGUUUGGGCCUGACUUAUGAAAAUACUAUUUGCUUUCAUCUUCUCCACACCCCAUGUGAAGAUGGUGCAGUAGAAACACUUAGACAGUCAGAUGUUUAGAACAAAGCAGGUCCUGAACAUUGACUGGUUAAACAUUCUGACUUUCUUUGUUUUUUUUCUUUAAAAGUAAAAUGAAAUGAAAUAUAAUAAAUCAAAUUUUAUUUGUAUAUCCCAUAUUCACAAAUCACAAUUUGUCUCAUAGGGCUUUAACAAGGUGUGACAUCCGCUGCCCUUAACCCAUGUGAGGGAUCCCUCUCCCAGGACAGACAGAAGUGCAAUAGAUAUAACUGUCACAGUCCUAAUUUUGAAGAUUUUUUAACUGAUAACUGAUCUUUUUUGCUUUGCAGUAACAUUGAGCCUAAUUUGGAAAGUGUGGUUCCCCUGUCCAUAACACAUAAAAUGGCUUGCAUAAGUGUUUUUGUUUAAAAUUUGCUCAAAGAUAGCAAUCACUCCUCUUUCCAGUGUAUCAUUUGUGUGUUUUUUAAUCAUUAUUUAAUCAUGUUCAUUUUUACAGUGGUGGGCUAUUUCCAAUUGCCAUGUGCUUUAAGUGGCGAAUACUCUGCUUCUGGCGGCCACACAGGAGGUCUGCAGGCCACAUUUCUAAACAUCAAUAUUCCCACACAGUUUUGACCAAAUUCUGUCUAUAUUAAUCUGACCAGUUAAGUUUUCUGGACAGUAUUCACUUGUUCGCAUGCUAAGCAUAUUUAGAUUCUGGUCAGCUAACCAGUACUUUACAUUACAGGUACCUUGAUGGUCAGUUUCACCUCCAGUAACGUGACUUGGAUAUCCUGGCUAAAUUGUAAAUUGUUGGCUUAUUAACCUGACCUACCAGACUAAGAUUACAGGUUCUCACAUUUCACUCUGACGGUAGCACAUCCACAUGUGCGAAUGGUCCAUCAGAAUUGAUGAAAAGGAUUUUAACAAAAGCAAAUCAAUUUCUAAUAUGAGACAAUAAAAGUGACCAUAAAAAACUAAA